UCGGCACGUGCAGGGUUCCUUACGAGGGCGAGAAGACGAGGACUAGGCAAGAACAAGGGAAUUUUUGUCUCAGAACCAGAAGGGGAUGAAGAGAGGACAAAGAGACAAGUGAAAAACAGAAAGGAAAACGAGAACAAGGAAAUUUCAACGUCUUAGGAGGAGAAUAGGACAAGAACAUUGCUAAGACGAGGACAGUUACUGUAACUAUGAUCAGAGCAACGAGAACAUAUAGGAGAGUCGCAUAGCACGAGAAGACGAGACUGUUACUAACGCAAGGACGAGAACAAGACGAGGACACAGUUACAACCACCAGAGAACACAAACUCCCACGAGGACAAAAAGGAAACGAAGGAAAAACAAAACGAGACUUUCAUUAACUCUAACCAGAGGGCGAGGACGAGCGAGGCCAGACAACCUUCAUGGCAAGGUUAAGGGCAGUGAAGAGCACCAAGCAAGACACAUGAGACAUUCAUAAGAGAUAGAAGAGAUCAGAGAAGAUUACGUGAAGGGGGAGCGAGUUUUUAUAAACAGUGAAGAGGGAGAGAAAAAAAAAUGAUGUGUUAAUUGACGUGGUGACUGGUUGUAUAUUGAGUGAGAAAAUAUAACAAAAUAACUAUCAAUAAAUAAAAAAACACUCGAUUCUGCAUGACUGUGGGAACAAUGGUGGGCGAAUAUGGGCGUGAGUGGGCGGCUUGUCUCACCCAACCUGCCCACACGGACACCACCACUUGCCGCACCACACCUACACCCACAUCCACGCCUACGCCCGCACCCUACAGGCAGGUGGUGGCGGGGGCAGAUCUCCCACGGGCGGCCUCUACACGCCCAUACCCAGCCCGUCUCCUCCUCCUUCAGUUGACACAAGAAAAUUUCAACCCGAGACUUGCAACGUCUUCCGCCUCGCCUCUCAAACUGCAGGUACGAGACGGCUAUUUAGAGAUAGAGGACGAGAACAUAGACGUGUCCUCGUGGCUUCCCUUACUCCCACUGGCGCCUGAUGUGCACGCCGAGGCUGCCACGCUCACUUACACGCACCACGAGGGCGAGGCAAAGCUGAGAGUGACGCUGACGAAGGAGGUGAAGGAGGGAAGCACGCCGCAUCUCUGGUUCUCGUCCGAAGUGGCAGCGAUUCUUGGUCUUCCAUUCCUGAACUUCUCGCAUGUUAGAGGCGGCGCGUACACCUGUCCCCAGUGCGAGCGAGGCUUCCCAGCGCCCAACCCUCUCAAGCUGCACCUGGCUGCGCGCUGCGACACCCUGGCCCCGACUCUGCUGUGGGCCCGCCUCUCCUGCCCGCCCGCACGUCCCCUGCACAAGCCUUGGUUCUCCCCACUGCUUCUCCCUCUCGCUCCUCGCACCCCUUGUCCCGUCAGGCCCUCCUCUUCCCCUAGUGCCUCCCCUGGCGCCGCUAAGCCAGCAUCGCCAGACUCCACCAGCUGCCCUAGUCUCUCCCUCGGGUCUAGUUCACCGCAGGAGGCACGCUCAGCCUUUAGAAGAGUGGGAGCAAGUGAUGGUACAGUCAAGCGCACCACACUCAUUUCAGAGCACGCCGGGCCGUCACGCCACAUUCAUACACCUCACACUCCAACAGUAAACCCACUAUUGUUGCCGCAGACGCCUGAUAAUUCACUCUUUCUGCACCCAAGACUGCUUCUGGGUGCUCUUAUUCCCUCUCACUCCCCUCACACUACCUCGCACCCUAUCAUGCCUACGAUGCCGCUAGCAGGCGCAACACGGCCUCUGCUAGCAUCAAGCAGCGUCGCGGCAGUCGACCCCUGUGCUGAGAUGGAAACGCUAGUCUCUAAUCUUGGCAGGAGUCGACGCGGCCACCUCUGCCUGUACUGCGGGAAGGUGUACUCCAGGAAAUACGGUUUGAAGAUCCACAUUCGCACGCAUACAGGUUACAAGCCACUCAAGUGCCGCGUGUGUCUCCGGCCAUUCGGUGAUCCCAGUAAUCUCAACAAGCACGUGAGAUUGCACGCUCAAGGGGAGACGCCUUACCGCUGCGACCACUGCGGGAAGGUAUUAGUGCGCCGGAGGGACCUUGAUAGACAUGUCAGGUCCAGGCACCCCCAAGCAGCACCGCCCACCCGCCCACUCACUGACACGGAGACUGAAACUGACACGGAGGAUGAGGAGGUGGUGGAAGUGGAAAUGGAAGGAGAAGGACUAAGACGUGAAGAAAUUUUACAGGAGUCUUCUACAGUAACGCAGUGA